UAGGAGUGCUUCGGACAUCUUUUUCCUUGGCUCCGUAGGUCUCCUAGUAUGAAGGAGGUGAAGAGCGAGCGGGAUCGGGGGAGCCGACGAAGGCACCGGGACGGCGACAUGGUGGCGGCAGCGGUGGUGGUGAAGCAGGAGCGCCUCAGCCCGGAAUCCGUGCCUCCCGUGCACCGCCGCCCAGACUCCUCCGGCGGUAGCCCGUCUCCACCGGCCGGCGAGUCGGGCCGCCCGAGUCACCGCGGGAACCGAGCCCGAGGAGGUAGCCGGUCUCCAGCCAAAAAGAAAAACAAGUCCUCAGGGAGAAGAAGCAAGUCUCCCCGGAGUAAGAGAAGCCGAAGUCCUCACCACUCAACAGUCAAAGUAAAGCAGGAACGUGAGGAUCAUCCCCGGAGAGGCCGGGAGGAUCGGCCACACCGAGAACCCUCAGGACAGGAACACAGGCGAGCUAGGAACAGUGACCGAGACAGACACCGCGGCCAUUCCCACCAGAGGAGAAGCUCGGUCGAGAGGCCUGGCAGCGGGCAGCCUCAGGGACGGGAUCGAGAUGCCCAGAACCUACAGGCGCAGGAAUCUGAGCGGGAGUUUCACAACGCCCGGCGCCGGGAGCACCGCCAGAAGAACGAAGCCGGCGGUAACGCAUCUCAGGACUCACUUCCUCAGCCUGGCCCUGGCAGCAACAACAAAGACAAAGAAGUGCCUGUUAAAGAAAAGCCAAGCUUUGAACUUUCUGGGGCACUUCUUGAGGACACCAACACCUUUCGGGGUGUAGUCAUUAAAUACAGCGAGCCCCCGGAAGCACGUAUCCCCAAAAAACGGUGGCGUCUCUACCCCUUUAAAAAUGAUGAGGUGCUUCCAGUGAUGUACAUCCACCGACAGAGCGCUUACCUCCUGGGCCGACACCGCCGCAUCGCAGACAUUCCCAUCGAUCACCCCUCCUGUUCAAAGCAGCACGCCGUCUUUCAGUACCGGCUUGUGGAAUAUACCCGUGCUGAUGGGACAGUUGGCCGCAGGGUGAAGCCCUACAUCAUUGACCUUGGCUCAGGCAAUGGAACGUUCCUGAACAACAAGCGAAUUGAGCCCCAGAGAUACUACGAACUGAAGGAAAAGGAUGUCCUUAAAUUUGGGUUCAGCAGCAGAGAGUAUGUUCUGCUCCACGAGUCCUCUGACACCUCUGAAGUAGACAGGAAGGAAGACGAGGAUGACGAGGAGGAGGAGGAAGUAUCUGACAGCUAGCAAACUGGAAAACAAGCCACACUCUCGAGAGACCUUUUCUCUCUGCGAAAGCUUUGGGAUUGACUCAAAGGGCACCGCCGUGCUCUCUGUAACGCCUCUUAUUGCCUUAAGUCUUUCUUCUGUUGCUGACCAGCUUACGUUUCAGUGUGAGAAAACUGACUUGUGUUCGGUUGAACUUUCUUCUGUGGCACGUCAGCCACAUGCCGUGGGCAUUUGUUUUCUGAACAGUCUCACCAACACAUCGUGUUUUAGUAGAAGCAUCGUGGCUUGAGUUGGUGCUUUCAGAACUACUGUGCAGGAAACUAUAAAGCCCUGGUUGAAGGGGAAUUGUGGCUUGCUUUCUUUGUACAGUUACUUUAUUUAUAUCGUUGUUAAGCUUUGUGGACCGGGUUUGUUUUUGUCUUGGGGGCAAAGCCCUGAACAGAGAAUCUUAUUCAGCUUUGGUUAUCACCAAAACAGCCUCCAGAGUAUACCAAAGCUUUGACCUGGUUGAGCUCUUGAGUCAUAGAAAUUGAUUUUGCACUUCGUUGUUUGGGGGUGGGCAGGGGGGUGGGGGAGAUUUACCACAUGACCUCAUUAUUGACUGUUGGACUUAAACGGAUGCUUUGUGGAGCCUGCUUAAGCUCAUGACUGUACAGGAAGGUCAUGGCCACUGCCAGUGGGUGCUGAUAACAUGUCACAAGAGGCUGAAAUGGGUCGUGGAUUUGUUUCUUGUGAGAGAACUCUGAUUUCUCCAUGGAGCAUGUACAGAACAAUUUUGAUCUUCAACUUUGCAUUUUUAUUUAGAGGUUAUCUCCAUUCUUCCUUCUUUGAGAAACAUACUGUCAUUUAUGUGGCAGGGUCUUUGCUUUAUUCUAACAAUGUGUAUGUGUUGUGUGGUUUACAUGUUUUCAUCUUUUUAAAAAAACGUUCAGAGAGGUUGUAUUUACCUGGGCAAUUGGGAAUUGCCCAAUUUCCUAAUUUUCCACCAGAGGAAUAUGUGUAAGUAGAAAAGUCAUAACUGCUUACAUCUAUUUUGUGUGUGUGUGUGUGUGUGUGUGUGUUUGUGUAUAUGUAUAUAUUUAAAAAAUUGUGUGUGAAAGAGUUGCAUAUUGAUUUUCCUAUGAGAAUGUUUUGUGAUGUAAAUGUAAUACUGCAUUAUAGGCAAAGGCCUCCCUGCAUUUGAAGAGCAGGUUUUCAUUUAUAUGUAUUUUUGGAAUAAAAAAUAAUAAAACUUGUAAAUAUAGCCCCCUUUCAAAGAGUACUUCUUUCCUAGCACAGAGGACCUUGUGUUCAUAGGUAUAUUUGCUGCUAAAGAAAUCUUUGUAUCAAUAUUUUGGAGGUAAAAGUAGACAGUUGUGGAGGGUGCCCUGGGGGUGAUAGGACUCACCCUGCACUGGAAUCCAGAUCUACAAAUUUCAGCGAGUAAGCGGUGGUCCUGUUGAAGCAGCAGUGCUUUCUGAGUUGGCAGUGAAGGGGUUUUCCUUCCCAGAAUAGUCAAGAGUUGGGGCAGGUUAUACAUAGUGGGCCUCAUACCAGUUGACCCCUGUCCCUGCUCUUUCACCCUCAGGUGGUGAUGGGGGGUGGGAUGGGAGGAAGGAGAGAUGAUGCAAGUCAGUGCUCCUGCUAACUGUUCCUCUUGGGUGGAAACUAAUGACAUUAUUAGAUGGUCUUCCUUACCAUUGUUUUUCCACUGAGGUCUCACAUACUUAGAUGUACUCAGGGUUAAAUGUUGACUAGUGUGGGGAAGGGCUGCUGACUAAUGUUUAUUCAAAAGAAAUGAAAAGAUUCCCCUUUGGGGAAUUCCUUGGCGGUCCAGUGGUUAAGACUCACACUUCCACUGCAGGGGGCACGGGUUUGAUCCCUUCCCAGGGAACUAAGAUCCCACAACCUGUGUGUCAUGGCAAGAAAAAGAAAAAAGAUCCCCUUUGAAGAGUGAACACUUAAUAAGGUUAAUUAGGUAAAAGGUUACAUGAGGGAAGAAACAAUGUAAGAGCAAUUAGCAUCCUCACCCAAUGUGCCCUGGCCCCUGCAAGCACAUAUUACAUACGUGCAUGUCUAAAAUGUUGUGUUUUGAUGAGUUUUUCUCUUGAUCCAGGCUGAUGGUUUUCUCUUCCUGGGAUGAGGCGCUAAUCUGGCAUCUCACUCCAGGGCCUCCGUGUUCAAUUUGUGUAACUACUGCUUCCUGG